AUGGCGGUGGUGGACGUGGAGGCGGCGGCGGCUUUGGCGGCGGUGGACGUGGAGGUGUUGGCGGAGGUGGCAGCAGCUAUGGUGGGGGUGGUGGAGGCAGUGGCGGCUUUGGCGGCGGUGGACGGGGUGGUGGCGGCGGCUAUGUUCGUGACAGAACUUGAUCCUGACAACAACAAUAUGAGGUUGGUGUUUGUGUUCUUGGGCGUCGUCCUCACUUCGCGAGCCACCAGCACCAGAAUGGUGGCCCUGGUGGAGGCAGGUGGGCGAUUGGAGGCGGCGGCGGUGGCGGCAGUCGUGGCUAUGGCGGUGGUGGACGUGGGGGCGGCGGCGGCUUUGGCGGCGGUGGACGUGGAGGUGGUGGCGGAGGUGGCAGCAGCUAUG